CGGGGCUGGCUCGUAAUGCUGAGCUCCCUACUGCUUGCUAGCUGACGUCCAGAGGUCGGCCCAGGGAGGUGGAGGCGACUGGGGCAACCGAGCUGGGGGAGUGUCAGCCCUUGCCCAGGCGUGCGUCCGCUCCACCGAGUUCGGUGCCAGCUGCGUCGGCUCCGGCUUCGUGCGUUUUCCUUGGAAUGGUCCAAAAGUCAACAGCGACCAAGGAAAGCCCCGCGGAAUGUGACCGAGCGUGCUGUCCCCGGACGCAGCACCGGUGCCCGCCGUCCUCGGAGCCGAUCGCUUCAUCCCAAGAUCGCAACUUUGCAGAGAUAAAGAAAUAGGAUGGCAUGAAACAUGGCUCAGUUCUAUUACAAAAGAAAUGUGAAUGCGCCCUACAGAGAUCGCAUCCCUCUGAGGAUUGUUCGAGCAGAAUCAGAACUCUCACCUUCAGAAAAAGCCUACCUGAAUGCCGUGGAGAAGGGAGACUACGCAAGCGUCAAGAAAUCCCUAGAGGAAGCUGAAAUUUAUUUUAAAAUCAAUAUUAAUUGCAUUGAUCCUCUCGGAAGGACAGCUCUCCUGAUUGCAAUUGAAAAUGAGAACUUAGAACUCAUUGAGCUGCUCUUAAGCUUCAAUGUCUACGUUGGAGAUGCUCUGUUGCACGCUAUCAGAAAAGAGGUCGUUGGAGCUGUUGAGCUGCUACUGAACCACAAAAAGCCAAGUGGAGAAAAACAGGUACCUCCCAUACUCCUUGAUAAGCAGUUUUCUGAAUUUACUCCCGACAUUACCCCAAUCAUUUUGGCAGCCCAUACAAAUAAUUAUGAGAUAAUAAAACUUUUAGUCCAGAAAGGCGUCUCUGUUCCCCGACCCCACGAGGUCCGUUGUAACUGUGUUGAGUGCGUCUCCAGCUCAGACGUGGACAGCCUCCGCCACUCACGUUCCAGACUGAACAUCUACAAGGCCCUGGCCAGUCCCUCGCUCAUUGCGCUGUCCAGCGAAGACCCUUUUCUCACAGCCUUUCAGCUCAGCUGGGAGCUUCAGGAACUGAGCAAAGUAGAAAACGAAUUCAAGUCAGAGUAUGAGGAGUUGUCACGACAGUGCAAGCAGUUUGCUAAGGACCUGCUGGAUCAGACGAGGAGUUCCAGAGAACUGGAAAUCAUUCUUAAUUAUCGAGAUGACAAUAGUCUGCUUGAAGAACAAAGUGGAAAUGAUCUUGCAAGACUAAAAUUGGCCAUUAAGUACCGUCAAAAAGAGUUUGUUGCCCAGCCCAACUGUCAACAGUUGCUCGCCUCUCGCUGGUAUGAUGAGUUCCCGGGCUGGAGGAGAAGACACUGGGCAGUGAAGAUGGUGACGUGUUUCAUAAUAGGACUUCUUUUCCCUGUCUUCUCUGUGUGCUACCUGAUAGCUCCUAAAAGCCCACUUGGACUGUUCAUCAGAAAGCCAUUUAUCAAGUUUAUCUGCCACACAGCCUCCUAUUUGACUUUUUUGUUCCUGCUGCUGCUUGCCUCUCAGCACAUCGACAGGUCAGACUUGAACAGGCAAGGUCCACCACCAACCAUCGUGGAGUGGAUGAUAUUACCGUGGGUCCUGGGUUUUAUAUGGGGAGAAAUUAAACAGAUGUGGGAUGGUGGACUUCAAGAUUACAUCCAUGAUUGGUGGAAUCUGAUGGAUUUUGUGAUGAACUCCUUAUAUUUAGCAACAAUAUCUUUGAAGAUAGUUGCAUUUGUAAAGUACAGUGCUCUUAACCCACGAGAAUCAUGGGACAUGUGGCACCCCACUCUGGUGGCGGAAGCUUUAUUUGCUAUUGCAAACAUCUUCAGCUCCCUGCGUCUGAUCUCACUGUUUACUGCAAAUUCUCACCUGGGACCUCUGCAAAUAUCUCUGGGAAGAAUGCUUCUGGACAUUUUGAAGUUUCUAUUCAUAUACUGCCUUGUGUUGCUAGCAUUUGCAAAUGGUCUAAAUCAAUUGUACUUCUAUUAUGAAGAAACAAAAGGGUUAAGCUGCAAAGGCAUACGAUGUGAAAAGCAGAAUAAUGCAUUUUCCACGUUAUUUGAGACGCUCCAGUCACUGUUUUGGUCAAUAUUUGGGCUCAUCAAUCUGUAUGUGACCAAUGUGAAAGCACAGCAUGAAUUCACUGAAUUUGUUGGUGCCACCAUGUUUGGGACAUACAACGUCAUCUCUCUGGUUGUCCUACUCAAUAUGUUAAUAGCUAUGAUGAAUAAUUCUUACCAACUAAUUGCUGACCAUGCAGAUAUAGAAUGGAAAUUUGCUCGAACCAAGCUCUGGAUGAGUUAUUUUGAAGAAGGAGGUACUCUGCCCACUCCCUUCAAUGUCAUUCCCAGCCCCAAGUCUCUCUGGUACCUGAUCAAGUGGAUAUGGACCCAUCUGUGCAAGAAAAAGAUGAGAAGAAAGCCAGAAAGUUUUGGAACAAUAGGGAGGCGAGCUGCUGAUAAUUUGAGAAGACAUCAUCAAUAUCAAGAAGUUAUGAGGAACCUGGUGAAGCGCUAUGUAGCAGCCAUGAUUAGAGACGCUAAGACUGAAGAAGGCCUGACAGAAGAGAAUUUCAAGGAACUAAAGCAAGACAUUUCUAGUUUCCGCUUUGAAGUUCUGGGAUUACUUAGAGGAAGCAAACUUUCCACCACACAAUCUGCAAAUGCCACCAAGGAGUCCUCGAAUUCAGCAGACUCAGAUGAAAAGAGUGACAAUGAAGGUAAUAGCAAGGACAAGAAAAAGCAUUUCAGCCUUUUUGAUUUAACCACUCUGAUCCAUCCGAGGUCAGCAGCCAUUGCCUCCGAGAGACAUAACAUAAGCAAUGGCUCCGCCCUGGUGGUGCAGGAGCCACCGAGGGAGAAGCAGAGAAAAGUGAAUUUUGUAGCCGAUAUCAAAAGCUUCGGGUUGUUUCAUAGACGAUCAAAACAAAACGCUGCUGAGCAAAACGCAAACCAAAUCUUCUCUGUUUCAGAAGAAGUUGCUCGUCAACAGGCUGCAGGACCACUUGAGAGAAAUAUUCAGCUGGAGUCCCGAGGAUUAGCUACACGGGGUGACCUGAGCAUUCCCGGUCUCUGUGAACAGUGUGUUUUAGUAGACCAUAAAGAAAGGAAUACGGACACACUGGGUUUGCAGGUAGGCAAGAGAGUGUGUUCGUUCAAGUCAGAGAAGGUGGUGGUGGAGGACACGGUACCUAUCAUACCAAAGGAGAAACACGAGAAGGACGAGGACUCCAGCAUAGACUAUGACUUAAGCCUCACAGACACAGUCGCCCACGAAGAUUACGUGACGACACGAUUGUGAUACUGGAAGGAGGAAGCGUUCAUCAUACCUAUACAUAUUUUCCAUGAUGCUCUGGGUGGGGGACAAUGUUUAAAAUUAAAUUAGCAAACGCUACCUUACACUUUACAGCAUUUAUCAACUGUGGCAUAUUAACCUGUAACAUGUUUAAGGCAAAGGCAAUGAAGAACCCUUCAGUUUUGUAGCCUGCUUUUGCUUCCACAAUUUGUUUUACAAUUGUUUUUGUUAAUAAAUAAAGGCACCUUGUAUUCUUGUACUGUUCCCGAUAACCCACAGAGAGUUUUUAGCUAUCUUUUUCAAU